AUGCCAUCUAACAAAGAUCGUCUGUAUGUUACUCUCUAUGCUUGUGGAGGCAAACCUACAAUGCCAGGCAAGGAAGACACCAUGUUGCUUGUUCGUAUCAUGGUUGGAAAGGUAGCGGAUGGAAAUCGCCUAGUCGAAAUUUUGCGGAAUACGCCUAUUCGACAAGGCCAACCAGGCUGGAACUGUGUCUCCUGGGUGAAGGAGGCUUUGGACAAGCUUAAGGUCGAUUCCAAGGCUUUAGGCACGAGCGUCAUUGAGUGGGAAAAGGUGCGUAACGAGGCGAUGAAUUAUUGUCAGCGGAAAAAAGAUCAGCACCGUUUCGAUGGCCAGGGCAACUUUGAUUCGGAUAAGGUUCCAGCAUAUGACUUGAUGGAGCGGAAGGAGAUCAUUGUAUGA